AUGGCCGGCACCCUCUCCUUUUUCCAUGCCACUUGUCGCCGGCCCCACGACGCCGUUGCCGAUACUCCCGACACGAUGCUCGCGAUGACGACCACGAUCGUGCCGGCCCGCGCUCCGGUCCGCGCUCCACGCGCCGCCGCCCUCUCCUCCCGCGUCGCCGCGCCACUCGCGCCGCGAUCGCUCUCCGGGCCGAAUCCCGGGCGAACACCGACGUUGGUCACCGCGGCGGGUCCCGAGGAGUUCUCCUCGGCUCCCGCGCCCUCUCUCGACGCUGCUCCGACUCCCGGCGGCAUGUCCAAGACCCAGGCCGCCAAGCUCGCCGCCAAGCAGGCCAAGAAGGCGGCCAAGAAGCCCAAGCAGGCGCAGAUGCAGAAGCCCAAGCGCCGCAAGGCUCCGUCCGGCGAGAAGAAGGUGGAGAUGCCGCCGACCGAGGCUGAGCUCGCGGCGUCCGCCAAGUACGACGCCAUGCUCGAGGAGGGCGCCAUCGUCUACGAGUGCUUCAUCCGCGCCAAGGGACCCAACCAGUGGUUCCCCGUCGGCCCCAUGGCGGUGAAGCAGGACUGGAUGAUCGUCCCGGAGAUGUGGAAAGCGGAGGACGCGAUGAAGAAGGCUGGCUUCAAGAUGUACCCCGCGCUGAUGCGAGCGCCGUGCUUCGGCAACGUCGAGUACGGGUACAGGGCACGGGACGACGAGAAGAAGGUGACGGAGGAGCAGAUCCGCGAGGCCAAGGACCCGCGGACGGGAGCGCGGGACCGCCGAGCGCGGGGAUCAUGGAUCGGCUGAACAAAUGGAUGAACCCGUACGGCACCGGCAAGGAGAAGAGCAAGUAAUAAGUGUUAUAGAUAAUAAGAGUCACUCCUCGGGGACGU